CAUUCGUGUCGAAACUCGUGACGAUAAACUUAGGGCUUUAUGGCUGUCGUUUUUGGCGCCAAUGAAUUGUGAACUUCUUGGUCUAUCAAAAGAUCAGUUAGUAAAUAAACGUGUGUGCCAAAAACACUUCGAUAGAUAUCAACUGGAUGACAAGGGUAACCGUCUCAAAGAUGGUUAUCCAUGUCUUUUUUCUACUGAAGAAGUCAAGCAUGGGGUGCCCUAUAUUUGGUGAUCAUUAUGAUCAUAACUACAGUAAAAAGGAAGACAUUGAGGAAAUUGUGGAAAAUCCAGUUGUUGUCCGAGAACAUCCAGUUGAUCAUUUAUAUUCGGCAGAUAUAUUUGCAGACCCUCCUGCAUCUUCCUUUCUCAAUACUGAUUUCAAUGUCUUUGAGUCAAGUGAAAUACCAUCAACAAGCAAAUGUGAAAAAUCAUCACAUCAUAAUAUACAGAUUGACCCUUUGGGAUCCCAAGAUGUGAUUCAAAGUGUGGGUCAAACUCAAUUGAAAAAUAAAGCACCAAAAAGAUUUGUUAUUAGCAGAGCAGCUAUCAAAUUGUCCUCACACAGCAGAUGCUUUAUAAAAAAAAUGAGGAAAAUUGCUGUCGAAGAAAACAAGACUCAGAAGCCAUUUUUGCAAAGAUUGGAUGCUGCUAAGACAAUUAGCUGCAGCCAAUUGUUUAAUAAAAAUUUUGAGAAAAUGUCACAACAAGCCCAAGAUUUUCUAUUCAUGCAAUUAAAAAUGGCAAACAGAAAGAAGAAGGCAAUGAGAUACACAACCAGUGAAAAGCAUUUGGCGUUGACCCUAAUGAAAGAAAGCCCGAAAGGAUAUCGGUUGCUCCAAAAAAUAUUUAAUUUGCCCAGUAAACGAACUUUAAAUCGUUUGGCUGAAAAUAUCAUUUUCAAUGUGGGGCUAAAUGACAAUAUUUUUCGAGUAAUAAAGCAUAAAACACAGAAAUGGGACACAAAGAAGAAACUGUGUUCUAUUUUGUUUGAUGAGGUUGCUCUUACACCUCAUCUCACUUAUGUUGAGUCCCAAGAUGAGAUAAGAGGAUUUAAAGACUUUGGGUAUGGAAGAGCACUAAGGUUUUGCGAUCAUGCCUUGGUAUUCAUGCUAAAAGGAGUGUGCUCAAACUGGAGACAACCUAUAUGUUUCUACUUUUGUGAGGGAACAACUGCAGGUGCUACAGUAGUUAGAAUUUUAAAGGAAGUGGUCACUAAAGUGUCAGAGUCAGGGCUGAUACCUUUAGCUCUUGUAUGUGACCAGGGCUCGACUUUUAGAACAGCCAUAAAUAUGUUGAAAUUGGAGACUGCACGCAAAAGGAUUUUAAAUGAUGAAUGCAAUGAUGGAACUAUUGAGGUGUCAGGACGACAGUUAAGUGUAGUGUUUGAUCCUCCACACCUACUUAAGGGCCUUAGGAACAACCUGCUCACGAAGGACAUGCUCUUCAAAGGCCAAGUUGCCACAUGGAAGGAUAUACAAACAGUAUUUGAUGCUGAUUGCCAACUAGGUCACACUAGAAUGCAUAAAAAGCUGACAGAGCACCAUGUUUACGCAGCAAAAAUGAAGAAGAUGAAAGUUAGUGUAGCUGCCCAAACUCUGAGUGCAACUACCAGUGGAAUGCUUAAAUACACUGCAUUGUUCAAAACUACAGCCUCGGGUCAAAAUGUCAGUGAGACAAUGGCCACAACAGGCGAAGCUGUGGAGUUCAUUGACAAGCUAUUUGAUAGUGUGAACGGUUCUCGAGGAAGCACUGUCCGGGGCAAACUGCGUGGACCUAUAAAGCCAAUAACACAUCAAAUUUUCAGUUUUUGGACAGAAGCCAAAAAAAUAUUGAAAAAUAUAAAAUUUAUUGAUGCAAAUAGCAAGAAAGCUCGAAAAAAUAAUAAAAUCUAUAAGGUUCGAGUUCCUUCUCUUAAUGGAUGGGUUACAACUGUCGAGAGUUUUGAAAGGUUGUCUAAACUGUUGUUCGAAAAAUAUGAAAUAGAAUAUUUUUAUCCUAGAAAUAUAAAUCAGGAUCCUCUAGAGAACUUUUUUGGUAGGAUCAGAGCCAUCAAUUAUAGGAAUGUCAAUCCUGAUGCAAAUACAUUUAUGAAUGCGUUUAAAUCCUUACUGAUGUCCAAUGUUAUGGGUCCACAUUCGAUAUACGCAAACUGUGAGGAUGAUGUAGGAGACACAGUAGUCGAUUUUUUAAAACUCGUAUCCUCAUCCAAUGUUGAUGAGAGUUCCUCAUCAACAUUUGAUGAGGAUAAAGAAAAUACCACGUGUACUAGACCCAUAAUAGCAAAUAACAUCAGCAGCAGCAAUUGCAACCAAUCUCUAAACACAGUGAAUGAAAGAUUGCGCGUGCACUCUUCUGCAUAUACAGCGGGGUAUAUGUGCAGGAGAGUGACAAAAAAAUUUAAGUGUAGGAGAUACUCUGAGACUUAUACCAAAAAAAAAGAGAUAUAUUUCAUAAAUGGAUCGAACAAAGAGAAUACACCCUUUUAAAACAUCGCAAUAAUUUAACCUAUCCAUCAAAGAAAUUUUUAAUGUUUUAUAGGGAUAUCUCGGGCCUUAUUCAUGAUUACUUGAGUAAAUAUGCAUAUGAAACAUGUUUAAAAAAACGUAUAAAAAUACAAAUAUUAAAACGAUUUGAUGUAAAUUGGUUGGGGUGUACACAUCACAAAACAGAAGCAAAAGAGUGGUUGCUCAAUUUAAUGAUACGCACCCAUGUGCAUAAUUGGUGCAACAUAAUAAAUAAAAUUUUAAAAGGAGGUGUGCAAGAAAAACUUAUUAAACAGAUGUGUGCACCUCAACAAAUUGCUUUUGAAAAAUAUAAAGCCCAUAGGCUGAGGAAAACUAAAUAAAAACUAAAAU